AUGUCUAAUCGAUUGGAAUCAUUAAAUCCUAGAAAGCCAGUAUCUUCAUCUUCAUCUUCUGGAUCGAAAUCAGCGGCAAAAUUUAAACCAAAAGUAGUUCAAAGAAAGUCCAAAGAAGAACGUGCUAAAGUUGCACCUACAAUCAAACAAGAACCUCAACCAAGACAACCAUUACCCAAUAGUAGGGGCCGUGGUGGCGCCAGAGGAAGAGGAGGACGUAAUAAUUAUGCUGGUACUCAUAUGGUUUCAAAUGGCUUUUUAUCUGCAGGUGCCGUUUCCAUAGGAAACUCAAGUGGAUCAAAAUUGGGUUUAACAAGUGAUAUGAUAUACAAUAGUAAUGGUGAUUUAUCAUCUUCAUCAACUCCAGAUUUUAUAGCCAAUUUCAAAUCAAAACAAAAGGGAUCUACUCCUGGGGGUCAAUCUGAUGAAGAGGAUGAAGACGACGAUCCAACAAAAAUUAAUAUGACUCAGAAAUAUCGAUUCAAUGAAGAGGAUACCGUGUUAUUCCCAGUACGUCCAUUUAGAGACGAUGGAAUCACUAGAGCAGAAAAUGAAAUUGCCACGCCUGAUGUUGAAAUCAAACAAGAGCCAAAUGAUAGCACGGCAGAAAGUACACCAAUGCCUAUUUCAUUGACUCAAAGUCGAGAAACAACAGUUAAAAGUGAAUUAAUUGAAGAAAAAAUCGAACAAAUUAAAGAAACAAAGUCGAAACUCGAAAAGAAAAUUGCUCAAGGUGGUGAUUCAUUUGUUUCAGAAGAAACUGAUAAAGUCAUUUCUGAUCACCAACAGAUAUUAGAUAUUUUAACUGGGAAAUUUGAUAAGUUAUCCACCAAAACAGAAGAUUCACAUCAAAAACAACAAACACAAAAAGAUGACGUCGAUGACAUUGACGUUGAACUAGAAAAUGAUAAGACUGAAAUAAACUUUGAUGAUCAGUACGUGUUAUUUCAACUUCCAAAGCAUUUACCUACUUAUACUCAACCACCAAGUGCCGUGAAGUUGGAACCCGGUGUUGAAUCAGUUGAAGUAGACGAGCCUGCAACUGAAGAAAAAGAAAUUUCAAAACUUGCUACAAAUAAUUCAAAGCUACGUGGGAAAAUAGGAAAGAUCAACAUUCAUCAAUCAGGCAAGAUCACAAUAGAUUUGGGUAAUGAUAUUAGAUUAAAUGUGACUAAAGGUGCACCAACUGAUUUCUUGCAAGAAUUGGCUCUUAUUGAAAUAAACCCUCCGCCAAAACCAGAAGACAAUGAAGAAGAGGAUGUUCAAAUGGUGGAUGAUGAUGGUAGAUCUAUAACAGGAAAAGUUGUCCGUUUAGGAACAGUUAACGAUAAAAUCAUUGCUACACCUUGUAUACAGUAA